CAGCUGUUUUGCUUCAGAAUUUUCUAACCUAAAAUAAAAUAAUAAUACCUCUAUUUACAAAAAUACAAGUUUAUUAUUGUCUUGGUUAAUAGAUUGUUAUGUUCGUCUAAAAAUAUCUUUAGAUGUGAUAUAUUGAAUAUUUUCAACUCAAUAAAAUGUCAGGAAGUGAAACAAAAUCAUUAAGGAGAGAAAAUUUGGAGUUGAUGCUCCUGAGGAAAAAGGAAUGCACAGCUAAAGCUCUCCAGUGUGUGGAAACAUUGAUUGAACUGAAUGUGUUGGAGCCAACCCUCCGUCGAACUUUACCACACAUCAAUCAAAGUACUUAUCAAGAUGUUGUUGAUGAGCGUUCGAUCACCUAUGUCUGUGGCUAUCCGUUAUGCUCAUCCAAACUGAAAAAUAUACCUAAAAAACAGUAUUCAAUUGUGAGAUGUAAUGGGCAGUUGACACUUUUCGACACUGCUGAAAGAAAGAAAUUCUGUAGUAAUAUUUGCUAUAAAGCUAGCAAAUUUCUUUUUGAUCAGCUGCCUUCCAGCCCUCUGUGGUUGAUAGAGACCAAGGAAACUGAUGCCUUCACGCUGAUACCAUUAAAUAGUAAUAUCAGCAGAUGCAGCUAUGGCGAAGAAAUUCAAAUGAAUGUUGAGAGGCCGGCUACUGUCAAAAAUGAUGAAUCUUCAUUGAAAAGAGCGUCUGAUGAGAAUGAAUCGUAUACUAGUAAUUUGGAAAUUGCUACAAAUGACAGUACUGGUCGUUCCAAAUUGGAUAAUCAGUCUACAUCGAAUACUGAAGAGCUAUUCUUUGAUUCCUGUAGUUCUCUCGAUGGUGAUCACGUGAACGCGGAAACUCAGAAGCAUGAAUUUGAUAGCCAGUCAUCAGUAGUUGGGGAUCUUGCUAAUCAUAAAACGUUGCCUACAAAGGAUCAAUCUUCCACAUUCAAUGAACAACCAUUUAGUGAAAAGAGUGAUAAAGUGAUUGAAAGCUGGGACAAGAAAAUAGAGGGAACAAUAAACAAUCAAGCAUCACAAAUUAAUACAAAUAUCAGAACUGAGGGAAACUUGAAUCAUGUGAUUAGUUCUAAUAGGGAAGUGAAUGAUGUGAAAGGGACUUUAGUUGCAGAAUCUCAUGAAGUAACUAAUGUGGGGAACCAAAAAGAAAAAGUAGAAUCUAAGAAGAUGAAAAAGAAGAAACAGAAUAAGGAAAAACAUGAAGAACAUCCAGAUAAAUCACCAGUUUUGGCCGCUGUCCUUAAUACCGAACAAAAAAUACGUGAAUGGGUGUCAGUAGAAACUUUGAAUUUUAUAUUUGGAUCAGAAAAACUCCGUAAUAUUCUUGAAGAACACGGUCUAUUGGACAAACUGCAAGAGAAGAAUAUCGACUCAGCUAGAGAUCCGUAUUUGUUCGAGCGGUACAUUGAAAUCUGUACCAAAUUGAAUAUUUUAGAUAUGAAGGAUUCCAAGUUUGAUAAAGAAGUGAGAGAGGAGAGUGUGAUACCGACCAAGCCUCUCCCCGACUUCAAGAAGCUGAGAGAAGAAGCCAAGGAGAUGGAGUUGAAGGUUCGCUCGUUCUAUGCCGGUGAUAAGAGGGUUCAGUUCUCCAAUGCAAUUAUCGAAGAAUCUGAAGCAAAGGAUGAGAAACCAAAUGUGCUGCCACUUGUGGAUCAGCAUGCCCAACAUGCAUUCAGAAGGCGUAUUGUCCUUGACCACCUCAACAAAGUUUUACCUGACGUUAUGAAGACUGUUGGAAUUACAAACCUUAUCUCCAAGAAAGAUAUGAGAGAUUUAGUUCACACAUUCACGCUUUCUGCAAGCAAUGUUGUGUUCAAACCAAUUGAAUGGCAAUUCAUUGCAAUCAUAAUUGUUAAAUUGUUUUCUGUUCGGGAUGAAGGAUUGGCAAAAUUGUUAGCGACAGAGAAAGCCAGAAAAUAUAUUACUCUCAUCUUGAUGAGCUACGAACAGGACAGUGAUUAUCUAGAUCGGCUCAUGACGUGGCUUUUGUAUGAACAUUCUCUUUUCCAAUCGUAAUCUAUAUUGUAUUGGUCGAUCACUGAAACACAGUAAUUAUGAACGUGAUAACAUCAACUUGUGGAUUUUUAAUAUAUGUUUUUUAUUGAUGAA